UUUUUUUAUUUUUCCUUAUAAAAUUCUUCAUUUGUGCCAUCUAAUUAGCCCAGGCCUUCAAUUAUUAUGCAUAAAACCCUGCAGGAAUUAAAGUUAAGAACCAGAGGAAAAAAACCAUGCCGAGACUAGUACAUGUCGAGACUUCUGGUCCAAGUUCAGCUUCUCUUAUUUUUAAGAAAUAAACGUGUUGAUAAAAUGGUGAAAAACCGUUAAAAAUGCUUCUGAUUGUUUUGUUAGUUCAAAGUAAAAGAAAACAAAGGCAUUUAACCAAAUGACAUUCUCUUGCUAAAUUAGAGCAGUUACUUUAGGUCCAUAUUUCCUACGAAACUCUCCUUAAGACCACUGUAAUCAGAUUGCAUCUAUAAUACAUUUUUGGCUAAGCCCUCCAAAAGAUGAUAUACAUGGAACAACACAGUAAGAGGAGGUAAUUGAGACAAACUUUGGUAUUGGUCUUUAAAAGCAGCCCUGUAGAGAAAUGUAGCAGUGGUCAAGGAAUAUAAUAAAAAUACAUUGUAUACAUGUACAAAAUUUUUCUUUAAAAAAUUAGUCCCGAGGUCUUCAUACACUGUAUUUUCAUACUUACUCCCUACUUUCUCGACACAUCAUCCAGAUUCGUCCUCCCCUUUCCACUCGAACUUCUAAGUCCUUAAAAUUUUCAAGGAAGAAAGAAAACAAGACUUCUCUGUACCAUUUUUCCAUACAAAAUAACAGUUCAUCCGCACUAUCUUCAAAGCGCACUAUAUCCACUUUUUAAUUAUUGGUUCCUGUUCUAAAAGGAAGGGUUAGCUGGGCGUGGUGACGCACACCUUUGAUCCCAGCACUGAGGAAGCAGAGGCAAGUAGCUCUCAGUGAGGUCUGCCUGGUCUAUCCCGGUAGUUGUAGAUCAACUAGGGCUACAUAGUGUGACCCUGUCUAAAGAAGGAAGCGGUUUAAUUAAAAGCAGAUUUUUGACAGUUAAGAGGUGAUAAGGUUUUGUGGUGCUUGUUCUUUGAUGCAAAUCUCUCGAGAGCCUGGUUGAUGAAAAGAGCUGCCUUUAAUCUGUAUUCAGAAAGGAUAAUAAGGCAGAUUCCAAAGCGGGAAGAAAUUCCAGGUGAGAACUGCAGAGCCCAUCUUCGGGCUCGCAAUUGCAGGAGUCUCAGGCUGCGUGUGCGUGCGUGCGUGCGCGCACGAUUCCCUCACUCCACCCACAGAGUCAGGGCACCCGUCAGAACCCUUGACUACCGAGGCCACCAACAACAGCUGAUUUCGCAGCCUCUCAUCCUCCACAAGGUCCCCGCCUCCUUCCAGCCCGGAGUUUCCCGAACACCGGAAGUCCUUUUGCCCCGACUCCGUAGAGCGGAGGCGGUGCGCUCAGCGGCAACCGGAAGCUCCUCUGCCCCGACCGUCAGCCAGUAGCGCCCCGGCCGCGCAGGCGCAGUUCGGUUCAGGCGGAGCUGUGGGAGGGGAGUAGGUUUGGGGGCCGGUCCCUGAAGAUGGCGGAGGCGGGGGUGAACUGGGGGUCUCCCGGCAGAGCUCAGGAUUUCUGGUAGGCUCCACGUUCAGACAGGAUGUGGUACCAUUGAGACAUUGGUCUGCUUCAGUCCACAGUUCACCUUUUCCACUGGGAGCCUCAUUUCAUUUCUCGGCUUAGGCCUCCUGAACUUAUGAAACCAUGGCGGAAGGAGAGACGGAGUCACCUCGGCCUAAAAAGCGUGGCCCCUACAUUUCCUCUGUCACCAGCCAGAGCGUGAACGUGGUGAUCCGGGGAGUGGUGCUCUUCUUCAUUGGCGUGUUCCUGGCUUUAGUGUUGAACUUGCUUCAGAUUCAGAGAAAUGUGACACUGUUCCCACCAGAUGUGAUCACCAGCAUCUUCUCAUCUGCAUGGUGGGUUCCACCGUGCUGCGGUACAGCCUCAGCUGUGAUUGGACUAUUGUACCCCUGCAUUGACAGGCAUCUAGGAGAGCCACAUAAAUUUAAGAGAGAGUGGUCCAGUGUUAUGCGCUGCGUGGCCGUGUUCGUGGGUAUAAAUCACGCCAGUGCUCACUGGUCUCAGAAAGUCGACUUCGACAACAACUUCCAGUUUUCCCUCACACUGGCUGCACUGUCAGUAGGACUAUGGUGGACUUUUGACAGAUCUAGAAGUGGUUUUGGCCUUGGUGUUGGAAUUGCUUUCUUAGCAACCGUUGUCACCCAACUGUUAGUCUACAAUGGUGUUUAUCAAUACACAUCUCCAGAUUUUCUCUAUGUCCGCUCUUGGUUGCCAUGUAUAUUUUUUGCUGGAGGCAUAACGAUGGGAAACAUUGGUCGUCAGCUAGCAAUGUAUGAAUGUAAAGUUAUUGCUGAAAAAUCUCAUCAAGAAUGAAGAGGGCAGAAGUCUCAGCUGUUGUGUGGAAGCCAUGGGAAAGCACCGUGGGUGCGAGAGGCGCACCAACAGAACUUUGGACUGGAAAAUUUCGAGGACACAGUUUUUCCUUGAUUGGGGUGUGUGUGUGUGUGUGUGUGUGUGUGUGUGUGUGUGUGUGUGUGACACACAUGUUUUUGCAGUCUGUGAUUGCUUCUGUAAAUCAGUUACCAACGUUUCGGUAUUUGAUUUCAAUAAAUGUAAGAUAUCUGUGCACUACAUGAAAGAUAUGUUUAUGGGUACAUGAAAUUUCUAAAUUUUUUUUUACAUACCAUACAUUGUACAUACAAUGUUGAUGUGCCAAACUGUUCUGUUACUGACACAGAGAAUAAGAAUGCUUUGAACAAUUUAGAGUUUAGUGAAAGAGAAAAAGAAAGCUAAAAACAAAGCGAACAGAAAGCAACUGUGUAGCUGGCCGUUCCCUCUUGCGGCUGGUGUGCCUUUUCCUGUUUCUAAUCAGCUGUGCUGUCACAGCACCCACAUGCGUGUUGUCUCUGUUGCUGUUGCUUCAGAGUUUCAAUCUUACUAUAUGGUAACAGUGAACUUCCCUAGAAUGGUUUUAAGCCUGCACUACUGUAGGGACCCAAAGAAUACUUUUCAGAUUUCUCCAGAGGGAAUAUGUAAUGGACAGGGGUGGUUAUCAGCAUCACCCUGCUUUGAGUCUACAUUUGGAAAAGUAUAAAUGACUAAAAUUAGGGGAUUUGACUGGAUAACUAUGUUUGGGAAUACUGUGUGGUCCUCUCUCUGCUACAGAAGCCAAAGUGACAUUAGCUAUCAUUUGCUACUGAAGCUCACUGCUUCAGCACAUGGAUGAGUAAGAAACACAGGCAGAUCAAGGUGACAGCCGAAACCUGUUGGAUUCUAGAAAGCAGGCCGUACUGGUGGGAUCAUGCCAUGUGACUGGCCAGCUAUGGCGGGCCUGAGUUUGUGACCUUCACCAGUGCAGUCUGAGGAUGCUGGAACGUGUGUGCUGAUGUGUACUACAAGGUCCGUCCUUGGAGAGUGUGGAGAGCGCACUUUGCACCCCAUUAACAACCCCUGCCACGUACUUACGGGUUAAGUGUAUCGGCCGACUCUCCACUCACUCUGCAUUUCUGAAAUUGUUAAUUGUCUGGCACACAAGGGUAAAUUCUUCUGACUUCUGUGGUGUGCGUGUGCUUCUGUUUGAGUGUGAGAGAAAAUGCAGACACGUGUCUGUGUGCGCGUGUGCCCAUGCUUCCCUGCAGUGUCAAGUAGACAUUUUAAUUUUCUUUCUUGUAGAGCAAUGCUGUCAGACUGAAGUCUUGUACACUGGAGUGUAAUAUGCUCUGUGUUCUCAGGCGGAGAGUGUGAACAUCCCACGAGUAGUCCAUACAGAAUGCGUGUACACAAGCCUAGUGGCAGUAGUGGUGAGCGCACUGCUAUAUUUAUUAUUCUGUCUUUCAGAUGUUAUUCAUUUAGAACAAAUAAGGUAUAUUUUUAGAAUCAAAUUUGUAAACACUAUAAAAUCUUUAAUAAGUUAUAAGGUCUAUGAUAUGUUUACUUUGAAAAUUGCUGUUGAAAGCAAGUUGUAUUAAAUAUGUAAUUAUCACCA